ACGAAAGAGAAGUAGCGGAUGGUGAAUGGGAGCGGUGAUGGGAGAGCCCGCGGUGUGGGCGGUGCGCGUCUGCUUGAAUUUCGCUGCGUGAUCAGAGGGCUUGCAUACACAGCGGCGUUUCCUUCGUCGUCAGGCUGGAUCCGCACGGGCGACGUGGUGCCGAGUUAGGGCGACGAAGGAUGGACGCGGCGACGAAGCAGCGCUUUCUGGGAGAGCUCUUCCCAACUCGCCUGAGCGCCGUUGUGUUUGUGGCGUACAUCGGCUUCUUCGUCAACCAAGGCAUCCUGGUGACGGCGACCAAGAACUCCCAGGACCGGUACGACUACAACGUCACCGCGGUGGUGAUGCUCACCGAGCUGUGCAAGCUGUUCGCCGCCACGCUGCUCUACCUGAGGGACCAUUCAUUCCAGUCCUUGCUCUUGGAGAUCAGCAAAAACCGGAAAGUGCUGUUCCUAUACUUUGUUCCUGCGCUGCUCUACUGCUUCUACAACAACCUGGCCUUCGUCAACCUGGCUGCAUUUGAUCCCACCACCUACAACCUGCUGCUCCAGUUUAGGGUUGUCAUCACUGGCCUCUCCUUUCAGGUGCUCUUCAAGAAACAACUGACACGAAAGCAGUGGCUGUCCUUACUCCUGCUCACUGCUGGAUGCAUCGUCAAGCACCUUGGUCUACCAGCAAAGCCACUGCCCGCUGCCGGCGGAAAGGUGGUCGGCCUCUUCAGCAGUUUGUUCAGUGCUCACAUGCUGCUGUUGCUGGUACAGGUCUUCUGUUCCUGCUUUGCCGGUGUCUACAAUGAGUUCCUGCUCAAGGACACAGGCGUCAACAUCGACAUCAUGAUUCACAACGUGUUCAUGUACAUUGACUCGAUCGUCUGCAAUGCAGCAGUGCUGCUGGUGCGGGGCGAGGCAGCAAGCGCGCUCUCUCGUGCUUCGGUCGCGACGCUCAUCAACCCCCUAGUCAUCGCCAUCAUCGUCAACGGUGCCAUCUGUGGCAUUGUGACGUCGGUCUUUCUGAAGAGCCUCAACUCGAUCCUCAAGACGUUCGCAAGUGCACUAGACUUGUCUGUGAUGGCUGUGCUAUGCUGGAUUAUCUUCAAGAUUCCCGUUGACACGUACACCGUUGCGGCGAUUGCCAUAGUGUCUGUCGCCAUCUACUGCUACUCUCAGCAGCCUGUCGUGAACAAGCCUAAGGAGACGCCGCACUGUCACGACGAUGACGAUUUGGAGCGCAGUCUCGUGAACGGUAGCCAGCGGAGUGCCGUCGUGACUGCGGAAAAGGGUGCUGUAAUGAAUGUAUAAAUAGUGUUGUGAUGAGCAUAAGUUUAAAUAAGAUGCGACUUCUAGCCAGUGCGCAGGUAGCCUGCAACUUCUACGUUGACUGUUGCAUACUGGUCACAUCUCUCCGGCCGAGCCUGAGGGUACUGUUAUAUGUAAAGCGCACGCAUUCUCGAAAACCUAGUCUUUGUACAUGAUUCUGCUUUCAUCCCUGUGUGAUAUGGCUUUCUGGCAAUGCCUUUUGUUGCUUCGUUACUGUGCAAUAUUCUUUUUUGGCUGCAGCAGCGCUACUGGUGAGCAGUCUUCUGAUUUGUCCACCUACAGUAAUUGCAGCUCAUUGAAAGCCUGGUCGGUCCACAUUGAGUGUCGCAGCUACUGUUGCCACUACUGACUGGUCGGUAAAUUGUGUAAUUCUUUAUGAUCGUAAGGUAAUGCAAAGUCACUUUAUUGAGUGCUUAUGAUGAUUAUAACAAGCAGUUAAAAUGUGACUGUAACAAUUGUAGGCAGUACUAGCUUGUGAAAUCAUUAAAAGUGCAGCUUAGAACAAUCAGUGGACAUGUUUCCUUGCUGUAAUAGAGGGAGGGGGUUUCUGGGUGCCAGUAACAUUGUUAAGGACCAUGUAGUAGGAUUUAACAAGAUUACAGGUACUCCAGUAUCUUUUACUACCAAGAUCAUUUGGAAAGUGUGCAAGUGUGCGGCCAACAUGGGUUCUAAUGUGCAGACGCUUCUUGCAAGAUCCUUUUUCUUGUCACGACACGGCUUGUGUUCUUCACCAUACGCACUGCUAAAUGCAUUGCAACUUUUAUGAUGUAUCGCAGCCUUCACUUGUAACACGAAAGCUAGCCUACGAGUUUCUUUUCAUAGGCAAUGAAAGUUCAUGGCAUCGGCAGCACUGGGAUGAGAAUCACCUGUGCAAGUCUGCAUAGUAGCAUUUGCAUUUUUGCCAACACCCCUGGCAUUUUUUUUUAUUUGUUGCAUCAAAUUUUAAGCAGUAGUAAAUUAAUGCUUCUCUCAUUUACGAGAUGGAGCACUGUCUUCGAGCUGAGAUGUUAACGGGGUAUGCAUGAAUUCGUGUGAGUAGCUCCUGCCCCUUUGGGUACAAUCUGGAGACCAGCACGGUCACUUGCGGUCAUUGUCAGCAGGGUUCCAGCAUUUCGAGCCUGGGAUUGUCACAGCGCAUUCUCUGAAUAUGACACAUCCAUCAGUGCACGUAUUCAUGUAGUGGUGAAGUUGCAUGCGUCACAACCACAACCUUGACAAGGCAUUGUUUGAGUCUGCAGUUUGUCAACAAGCACUUCAAAGAAGCUAUGCUCAUGAGUAUUGCCAUCUUUGUAUCGUUAAGUGCAUUAGCAUUUUGGUAUCGAUGAUGCUUGCCUGUGUGCUUCGGCACUUUGACAGGCGUAGCUUUACGAUUUCCUGUUAGACAUCAGCAUAGGUUUGUUGGCAGUCUGAAAUUCUUUUUCCACACUGCAAGUGCUCCAUAAACAAGAAAAGUAAACAUGUGACAUUUGUCAUCUGUUUCAUCACAGCCCACAUUGACAAAUACAUUUAUAAUUUCACCAAAGAUAUCAAGGCAGGCUUGCUUGUAGUUAGUAACUAUCAUUAAUGCAGUUAGAGAAAAAGAACAGACAUGUUGUCCAUGUGUCAUUGGCAAUUGUAUAAAAGCAGUUAUGUUUUAUGAUGAAAGUAUAUAAGCCAGGUGAAAAACCAUGUGACUGGAAUGUCCAUCAUAUUGAUAGUCCAGGUGCCCUGCUGGAUGGACGUGAAUCUUUUUCUGGGUGCUAAAAGCACAAUUUCAUGCCCUCGACACUGUUUUAUCUGUAACCUUGAUUCAAUCAAAGGGAGCUAUGCCCGAAUACAUGAUGAUGACAUCGGAACUGAGUUUGCUGUGUGUCUAUUAUUUGUGGCGAUAGAAUAAGCGAGAGACAUAUCUUGUGGCAGGCAGCUUUUUUGAGUAGCAUUUAUAAGCCAAUGCAAGCACACAAUUGAAGGGAAAUGAAUAUAUACACACCCCCAGAGUGAUUAAAAUUAUUACUAUAGUAAUUACUUCAAUACCAUUAAAAGUUCAUGCCAUUUUGUAAUUCUUUCUGUCUGUGUUUGCACUGUAUUUUGUUCAUCGCCAAUACAUAAAAUGAAAACUGCAGGGUUAGUCAUGCCCAUUGUCAUUUAGCACUCAUUUAAUGAUGAAGUCAUUCUCGUAUUGUCACUCUUGUCAUGUGUAAGCUUUAUCGCCUGAACUACAGCACUUUUUAUUUGCCACCAACAUAGCUAUAAAUGGUAAUUAAAGAAAGCAUGACCUUGCUGCAAGAAAUGUCAUUGAGGCUGUCCUUUGUGCAUCAUUCGAAAUGUAACAGCAAUAGAUUCGCAAAAAUUCAAUAUUCGGUGGUUCACAUUUCUGUGUAAUGCUAACAAACAUUAGAGUUUUGGUUCCAUGGGUCAUCACAUUUUCAAAGCAUUUUGAAACCCCUUAAUUCAGACAAGUUGAACAAGCAUUUUCCUUAAUCUGAACUUUUAUGGAGCUAAUGGCACAACUGAUUACAGUAUGUGUAACUGAUAAGAGCACAUUGAUAAAGAAUACACGGCCAAGAUGGGCCUAUGUUUGAGAUACAGGCUGCUGGUGUUUGUUUUGAAGUGCACUAUGGCAAAAUAACACCACCUUUGCAGUUGCCGAGCAGAUGGAUUUUUCUGGUCGUAUAUCUGUUGGAACAUGACCGGGUGCAUAUACUUGUUCAGGUUACGAGUUGCAAUUUCGUUUUAGGUCAGAGCAUAUGUAUUCAUCUACGAAUACUUCAGACCUAAUAAUUCGAGCAGUUUGAGUUAAUGCAGCAAUGCCGUAAUCAUUUCUGGAUGAGUUUAAUAUUAUGGUGCAAGGCUUUAUGUAACGUAGCCUAUAGAAAACACCAAAUGGUCACUGAGUUGUUUUAUUAAAGAAGCCGAACUUGCACAAGUCGGAGGGGCUCCCACAUUGUGAGUUGGGAUUUAUAUAGACUUUAGUAAUUUAUUUGUGGUCUCUGUGCUAUACCACUAUAAAAAAUGCAUCUGCUUUAAAGAGCUCACAUGUUAAGCAAUGUCUGGAAUUGGGUCUGUUUCACUUUCGGCAUGACAAAGCUUUCAAAACAAACAAUGCAGCACACUUGUCAUUAUAAACCACAAUUCAAGUUCAUUCUAACAUAUUUUAAUGUGUUCCUAGUCUAUCAUGCUUACACAAGAAAACUUAUAUCCAUGCGUCCAGAAAAGAUGUCUAUUCUUUGUGCAGAUGUUCCUUUAGUUUGUUAUAGCAAGUCCAGCAACAACAUAUCUCUUUUCUUUGAAGCUAUGUAAUUCAUUGCAUUGACCUGUAUCAUUUUUAUUCCUGUUGCAUAUAACUUUCUGAAGCAAAUCCCGCAAGAAAUUUAGAACGUAGGCUGGAGCUUGUCUGUGAUACAAGUUGAGUGAUGUCAUUCUGUGUGUAUAUUGAAUCUCGGCAUAAGUGUCACACGAGAACUACUACAUCAUACUGCCUAUUUAACGUGGGCUGGUUUAAUACCAUUAUUCAAAAACCUUUGGAACUGCUGUAGGCCUUUAUUUCCAAAGCUAGUGUCAAGUUUUUUAUAUUGUUGUUAAAUGCAGAAAUAGUCAUACAUUCAGUGAAUGCCGCAAGCCUUCAUAAAACUUGUUUUGAGAUAAAAUGGUUUAUUAUGAAAAAGUUUUAUCAAGGUAUAAAAUAUUUGAGUGUAAAUGCAUUUAUUUAAUUUUUUAAAUAUUAAUUUAUUUGUUUUGUGUUAUUAAUGAGGGGCUGUAUUUUGAAACGAUCCACUUCGGGGAUACUAUCGCCUCGGUGAUAGUUCAUCGUCAAGCGUACGCUGCUGUUUGGCUGGUUGAACAAAAUUGGAUGACGUAGCUCAUCCAAUUAGCGCAUACUGACAGUGCAUCUAAUUAGCGCAUACCUGACAUCGCACUAUCACCAAGAGGAUAGUAUUGCCGAAGUGGACUGUAUCAGAAUACGGCCCCAGAACUGCACUCUUCAACCACACUACGGCUAAAUCUGAAGUCAAAGUCGUUGAAGCGAAAGUGGCAACUAUAGUGUCGUGGAUGUCUAACACCGAAUUAUGACAGUUUUUGUGUUUAUGUUGUGCUUGAGCCAGCAUGCCUCAAUGGAAAGUCAUGAUAUAAUGUUGUUUUCAUUACACAUUUGUUUAGCAUCACCCAAACCAUGCUGUUCAACAGUGUGCACAUUCAAUUGCUGAAACGCUGUUAGAACUUUGAUAAACCACUGACAGAAUGGCUGCCAUUGUCCUUAGUAAUGUGGCAGGUACAGUUGAACCUCGUUGUAACGAAUUAUCGGAUAUAACGAAAUAAAUUUAAUGUUUCUUGCUGAUAUCAGCAUGUAUUACAUUAUAUGGUUACAACGAAUAUCAGAUAUAACGAAGUUAUAUUUAUUUUCGAUGCUACUUUAUAAUGACAAGGUUCAACUGUACUCGAAUUGGGACAUCAGGCAAUUAAAUCACCUACCCUCUGUUUUUGACUGUUCUCCUACUUGAAGCACCACAUUGACUUCCAAGUUUGGAAGGCAGCACUGCCUGUCAACUGAAGUAGUCACUUUAAAUAGAAGGCCAACUGCAACAAAAUUUUGGAUUGCAAUUAUAAAGCUUCCAGAUAGUAUAAAUAUAUGCUGCCCCCAUACAUAAUCUUACAUUUGAAAUACUAAGCUUGCAAAAAGGCACAUUUUUUUUAGCAUCAAAACUCGAAAUAAAAGCCACCAUUACCACUCACCAGAAAUGAUGCAAAGCUCGCAUUGCCCACAUUCAUUAUGGCACCUGGGCAUGACCUUAGAGAUUGGGGAUCAUUGGCAGCACACUGAAAAUAUCGGAGGCCGUGUUCUAGGAUCUGUAUCAUACCUGCUAACCACCAGGUGCCUGUGUUGUAAUCUUUGGUGCCCUUUAAAGGCUGUUAAUAAUAAAAAAAGACAAUUAUUGCACCUGUAGCUUUGCUAAGAUUGCUUCAAUAGCACAGAACUAUUAUUUUAUAACUAAGCUUGCCACAAAGAAGUUUCGUCACAGUUGGCCCUUAAUAAUGCUCCUCUGUGAUCCUGAGUGAGGAGCUUCUUGAUAAAUGUUCCUUAACUCCACCAAGCUCAGGUAGACAUUGAAAUCACCUGAUAAUGAGGAAACUGUCAAUCAUCAACAUGCGUUGCUGAAACACACUAUUUUAAUCAAGGAGUGUGCCUGCCUCCAAUGCGUGAAGUCGGGUUGGUGUUCGAAAGGGAGGAAUGCCUAGAAGUAUGGUCGUUAUCUGUGCCUGCAAGACAUGCAUUUUGUUUCCCUUAUUUUGGUGGCAUAAUCUAAAGAUGAGAGACCAAAGUUUUUUAGUAGCUGUUACCUUGUAGGGGAAUAGAGAAAGGUACACACUUUUUUUAGUUAUGACAAAAAGUGCAUUUGAUGAAAUAAAGAUUGCCUUCACAUCGA